UGUACGAUAAGCUUAGUAGGACUAUUGUUGUUUAACUCCUUAAGGAAUUUUAAGAUAAAUACCCUAAGGGAACGUUAUUAUAUAUUUUUAAACUUUUAUACGGAUUAG